AUGGAGAGUCAGAAGGUUCCUCGGAGGGCCAAGAAGCUGGGCUCCAGCCGCAGGCGGCAGAUCAGAGGAACCGAGAGCUCGGAGGACCAACCUGGAGAGCGGGGUGAGGAGUCCCCGCCCUCAGAGGUGAUGGAGAAGCUCCAAAGUUUCUUCCAGGCCUGCGACGCUGACCGGAAAGGCUUUGUCACCCGGGAAGACCUGGAGAAAGCUGAGUUGAACCUGCCAGGAAACACCAAGGAGCUGGCACUGGUUUUUGAUGGGCUGGACACGGAGAAGAAAGGCUACCUGACCACUGAGGAAUUCACAUCAGGACUCGGGAACCUCUUCGGCUCCCACGCCCGGACCCACGAGCACCGCAGGAGGAAGACGGGCUCCAAGAGGGCUUCGCUGCCCCACAGGUUCCUUCCCCUGGAAGAAGCCGACAGCGAGGAGAGGGCCUGGUUUCUGUCUUUCAUGGAGCAGAUGGGCGCCAACCACGUAUUUCCCGAUCAGGAUGAGAUCUGGCAGCUGUGGGGGAAACUGCGGCAGGAAGAGCCCCAGUUAGCGGGGAAUUUGGAGGGGUUCCUGGCCAAGAUGACAAGCCGUAUUCGCACGGCCCGAGAAGAGAAGGAGGCUCUGGAGCUCACCCUGAAAAAGCGUGACGCGGACCACCACCGAGAAGUCCAGCAGCUCUAUGAGGAGAUGGAGCAGCAGAUCCAGAGUGAGAAAGAGCGACUGCAGACUGUGAGUGACGCCCGGAGCCUGGUCUACGACUCAGAGAUGCAGAAGGCCCUGGAGGCCAAGGAACAGGAGGUGGAGCACUUAGCCGAGGGUCAUCGAGCGCUGGAGGCCCAGCUCCACCGGCUGAGCAGCACGAAGCACGCAGCAACCGCCGAGAACCAGCAGCUCCGGGAGGCACACAGGGACCUGGAAGGGAAGCUGGAACUCGUCCGAGGGCAGCUGCAAGUGACCACCGGGCACCUGGGAGCGGCGAGGGCCCAGGCGUCAUGGCAGGGGCCAGAGGAAACCAGGCGAGACCAGCUUCCUGAAGAGGUGAUGUUCCAAGCAGAGGGGGAACAGAAGGGGGGCGUGAUGCUGACUGCUGACCACUCAGGAGUCUCCCACGACCCGGCUGCUGUCUCAGAGAGAAGCCCAGGCUCCCGCUCCCGCGUCAUCUCCAUAGAGGAGGAUCCACUACCCGAACUACUGGGGGAAGACUGGAAUCAGCUGCUGACUCAGUUUUCCACCUCUCCCCAAAGCAAAGUUUUGGAUCUGCGGGUGUCCUGGAGUCCUCCACCCAGCCCGUCCAGGGGUGAUCUUCCUUCUUCUCCUCUUCCUCGUGUCAUCCGCCAGAUCUCCAUUUCCGAACAGAGCCUCUGGCAGCAGUGUCAGGAAACUACUUCAGCACAGGAAGGGUUUUCGGGAAACACCUCGGAGCAGGUGGAAAGAGCGGGGAUUCUGGAGGAGCCCAGCCCCAUGGGGGAGCUCAGCUCUGAGUCACAGCCCAAUCUCAAGCCGGAGCCUGACCUUAAAUGGAAGUCCCAGCCCGAGUCAGAGCCUAACCGGGAACCGGAGGCCAACCUCGAACUGGAACCCAGCUCUGAGUCAGAGCCCAACCUCCAGCCGGAUUCCAAGCUUCAACUGGAGUCUGACCCUGAGCCCAAACUCAAGCCGCAAUCCGACAUGGAACCAGAUCCCAGCUCCAAGUCAGAGUCUAAUCUCCAACUGGAGUUUAACCUCGAACUGGAGCCCAGCUUCAAGUCGGAGCUGAACCUCGAACUGGAGCCCAACCUCGAAAUGGAGCCCAGCUCCAAGUCAGAGUCUAACCUUGAACUGGAGACUACCCUCGAACUGGAGCCCAGCUCCAAAUCGGAGCUUAACCUCGAACUGGAGCCCAACCUAAAAAUGGAGCCCAGCUCCAAGUCAGAGUCUAAUCUUGAACUGGAGCCUAAACUCCUACUGGAGUCCAACUUCCAGCUGGAGCCCAGCUCCAGGUCAGAGCCUAAUCUCGAACUGGAGUUUAACCUCAAAAUGGAGCCCAGUUCCAAGUCAGAGCUUAACCUCAAACUGGAGCCUAAUCUCAGAGUGGAUCCUAACCUCGGACCGGAGCCCAGCUCCGAAUCAGAGCUUAACCUCCAACUGGAACCCAAUCUCGAACUGGAGUCCAGCUCCAAGUCAGAGCCUAACCUCCAACAGAAGCCUACCUCCCAGUCGGGGCCCGACCCUGAGAAGAAACUCCAGCAGGAUGUCCAGAAAGACCCCACUGGGGAGAAUGCGCAGGCAGCUGUUGAUAGGCUGGUGAGGCCUGUAGCAGCCCCCAACAGUGGGAAGGAACUUUUUCCUGAUAUGUUAACCAUCUCCCAGCCAGCAUUGCCACCUGUACUGGCCCCGGGGCAGAGGCAGCAUUCAGCGGGCCAACAGCCAGAGAUGCCAGACCCGGUGAUGCCUGGGCAUCCCCCUGGGGAGAGUGGAGGACCAGGGGCCAGGCAGCCUGGGGAGUGGGAGACUCCCCUCGAUUCCAAAAUACAGGCCGCUCAGACCUGGGGAGCCCAACAGGGAGAGGGGGUUGGUUCGGAUGGUCCCCUGGCUGGGUCUCUCCAGGCUCCAGAAGUCUGGGGACAGGGAGCCUCGAAGGAAGGAGCUCCCGGGCCUGAGAGCACACCGGGCUCCCUCAAGCAAGAGAUGUGGGGUGGAGUCCUGGAUCCCCAGGGUGGUGACAUUUCCUGUUUGGAUGAGCAGCCAGUGAGCUCUGCGUUGGUUGAGCCAGCUCUGAUGCAGGAAGCUGGGCUGGUGGCACCACCCCCAGCUCCCAAGCAGGCCGCCCCGGCCGAGGGAACUCUGGAAGAGGAAGCUGCAAAUCUGCGGACGGCUGAGCCUGGAGGGCCCAAGCCUGAGUUCCCCAGAGAAGACUCUCCCCGGAGAGGCUUUCCUCCCCAAGAAGUCCUGCCCGAGGAUGGACCUGAACAGCCAGGUCCAGGAGAGGCCGUUGGCAUUAUCCCAGAGGGGCUGGGCCCCGAGCCCCAGGCCCAGAUCUCACGGGCCGAUGGAGAGCGUGGGAAUGUCACCGUGGAUCUCCCAGGGGCCCCGACCGGACCCUCACAGGAAACGGACCCUGGAUCCACAAAGGCCGGGCAGACUCUGCCUGGACAGGAUCCCCAGGGGCCGGGGCUCCUCUCCAAGGGACCAGGGGUGGACCCUGACUACGUGUACCACAUUCUGUUUGUAGGAGAUUCAAAUGUGGGCAAGUCAUCGUUCCUGCACCUCUUACACAACCACACCUUUGCCUCCGGUCUGAUGGCCACAGUCGGGUUGGAUUAUCGCAUCAAGAAUCUGCAGGUGGAUAACAAGCAUUUUGCUCUGCAGCUCUGGGACACGGCAGGCCAGGAAAGGUACCACAGCAUGACCAAGCAGCUGUUCCGCAGAGCCGAUGGCAUCGUGCUCAUGUAUGACGUCACCUCCGAGGAGAGUUUCAUCCAUGUGGGCUACUGGCUGGAUUGCAUCCGGGAAGGAUCAGGAGACGGGACCAUCGUUUUCCUCCUGGGGAACAAGACGGACUGCACAGAGGAGCGCCGGGUGUCCAUGGAGGCCGGGCAGCAGCUGGCAAUGGAACACGGGCUCUUCUUCGAAGAAUGCAGUGCUGCCCUGGGGCACAACAUCCUGGAACCCGUGAUUAACUUAGCCAGGGCGCUGAAGGCUCAGGAAGACCAGAUGAAGGGGGAGUUGGUGAAGGUGGCCUCCAGGGAGCCGGAGAAGAAGCGAGGCUGCUGUCCGUGAGCUGCACGCGG